AUGGCGCAAGCGCGGCGCGUGAAAGAGGAGCAGCAGACGCGCAAGGCGAGGCUUGGAAAAGAAGCCAGACGUGUCAACCUGGACCAAGAAAAUGCGGGUCGCGCGUGGCAGAAUGCGCAGCACAACGCUGCAGACGUCGAGCGUCGCGUGCGUGAGGCGGAAGAACGAGGUUAUGCGAGAGCGACGCACGAAGCCUCAGCAUGCGAGACUGCGGCACGCGAAGUGGUUGAACGCGAAGCAGUGGCACACGAUGAGAUGAACUGCGCAGCCGCUCAAGCGACUCUGCUGCAUCCAUGCGUAUUUGCGCCGACUGGAGGAGCGCUCGUCAGCGGAUUGACUCGUGUGCCAUUGGCGAAGGAUGCGAAGCUCGAUAAUCGCGUAUUCACCGGUAAGGAGCUCCACAAGGGCUUGGGCGGCGGGUUCAAGCACUGGGGCCGCGCGUUAAGGGAAGAGCUCGAAAUGGCUCAAGAGCGGCUACGCGUGGCCGGAGAAGUAUAA